AUGGAGGCCGAUGAACCUUCAAAUCCAAGUAUCUUGCAUUCGUUACCAGAUGACAUCAUCAGUUUUUGUAUCUUGACUUGUCUACCAGUGAAGACCCUCAUAAGACUGACUUGCGUCUGUAAGGCAUGGCGGAAUCUCAUAAACUCAGAUCCAGAAUUCAUCAAGUCUCAUCUGCAACAAUCUCUCCAAAACAAGGCACCCCGCAAAAUCUACAUGCGCAAUUGGAUCACCUGUUGCCCCUGCCAUCCAACCAUGCCUAAUUUGGACGCUCCAAGAUUCGCGAAUCCUGAUAAUCAACGGACAAUUAUUCAUCAACGCGACGAAUUCAUGUAUCUUGGGAUUCAAAUGUACGUCGUAGGCAGCUCUAAUGGGCUGCUAUGUAUUCUCCAGGAUUGCUGUUGUAGCAGGGACUCGAUACUAUAUCUUUGGAACCGGGCUUUAGGGCAAUUCAAGUUGUUACCAGAAGCAUAUGCACAGGUUAUUGGACUAUUGCUGUAG